AUGGUUCCACUAACGCCUAAAUUCGGUGUAUACACACCAUUAGUGACCUUCUUUACGGAGGACGAAUCUCUCGAUAUCGAAAAUACCUUGACACAUGCGAAGCGCAUGGCUGAAGGCGAUGUUGCUGGGCUAGUCCUUCAAGGAAGUAAUGGAGAGGCACCACAUCUGGAUCACAAUGAACGCAAAUACUUGGUGCGCGCGGUGCGCGACCAUCUCAACGAGUUGGGGUAUGUGCAGAUACAGCUGAUUGUUGGAUGCAGCGCACCCAGUGUCCGAGAAACAUUGGCACAUAUUACUGAAGCAAAAGAAUCUGGGGCCGACUUUGCACUGGUGUUGCCCCCGUCAUAUUGGGUCUCAGCUAUGAGCACUGACGUAAUUGAACGGUUCUUCGACGAUGUAGCAUCUAGCUCUCCACUUCCAGUUCUGAUCUACAACUUCCCUGGAGUGACUGGUGGUAUCGACAUAAGUUCAGACUCAACCAUUCGGCUCGCCCAAUCCAACUCCAAUAUUGUUGGGUGCAAGCUCACUUGCGGAAAUGUUGGAAAGCUUCAGCGUAUAUCAUCCACACUUCCUACCACUUCCUUUGCCGCGUUUGGAGGAAAGUCGGACUUUUUUUUGCCCGCCCUCGUAGCUGGGUCCAAUGGAAUCAUCGCAGCUCUUGCCAACAUCGCGCCAAAAGUGCAUGUGGAAUUGCUGAGAAGAUAUGAGAAUGGUGAUAUCAAGGGUGCUCAAGAGCUUCAAUCCCUGCUCAGUCAUGCAGACGGUGCUCUUGUCAAAGUGGGCGUGACUGGUGUCAAAGCUAUUGUGGCUCAUUGUUUCAAAUAUGGUUCAGGGCAAGGGCGAAAGCCCCUGCGUAACUCUACUGUCGCGACACUGAGCGCGGAUAUUCUGGAGCCCAUUCUAAGAGUGGUUGAGCGGGAAAGAAUGUGUAAUUAG